UUCAAUUUCAUUCGGUGUUAAUACAUUCAGUGCAACAAGUCAUUGUGUGUGUACAUUACACGAUCGAGUCGUAAAUGUGUAUUGUGUACACAGUUUGUAAUUAAAAUUUUUUUCUCCGAUAUGCAACUGAAAGGUUACUAAGUACCAGGAUGACAGGAAAGAUAGAAGUGAGAUUCGAGGAAGCGGAGAAAAGGAAGGGGGUUAUUCUGACAUUAAUUGCUGUGACAAUCACUUUUCUGUCAUGGCUGGCGUACGGACAUCCCCUCGUUAUGGCCCUUCUAGUGAUGCUUGCAGUAUAUCUGAUGACAGGAGAUAGAUAUCAAUGGAUUUAUAUCUGGAGGAAGACGUACAAAAGAGACAUGAUUGGUCUUCGAGUUCUUUUAGAAACAAUGUUCAGGAUAUGGGUGUGGGAGAGACGCGGCAUCACAGUGGUCACCAGGUGGGCAGAAGUCGCCAAGAUAAAUCCAGAUAAGAAAGCCUUUGUUAUGAAUGAUAGAUUUCUAACGUUUCGUCAGGGCGAUGAAUUCAGUAAUCGUAUAGCAUGGUACUUCAAGCGACAAGGUUUCAAAGCCGGUGAAGUGAUUGCUCUGUUCAUGGAAACACAGCCUGAGUAUGUAUUCAUUUGGCUCGGAUUAGCCAAGAUACGUGUGACCAGCGCAUUGGUAAACACUAAUCUGAGAGGUAUCCAGUUGAUAUAUUGCUUGAAAAUAGCUGGUUGCAAAGCUGUUAUAUUUGGUGAUGAAAUGGCUGAUGCUAUAAAAGAAAUUCAACAUGAAAUAAGCGAUAUACCGUUAUUCCAAUUCAAUUCACCUGAUCGUCUUAAUGCACCGAUACUGCAAGACACGUCGCCGUUAGCCACCGAACUGGCUGAGAUGUCGACAGACGCUUGCGCAGAUGUGGACGUAGCUAAGCCUAGAGAUACUUUGAUGUACAUCUACACCAGUGGUACUACAGGGUUCCCCAAAGCUGCUAUUAUAACUAACAUCAGAUAUCUCCUGAUUCCUCUGGGAGUGCAUACAUCAGCUCGUCUAACAUCAGCUGAUGUGAUAUACGACCCGCUGCCGCUGCACCACACGGCGGGCGGCGUGCUCGGCGCGGGCCAGGGCCUCGUGCUCGGUUGCACAGUUGUGCUGAGGAAGAAGUUCUCAGCUUCUAACUAUUGGAGUGAUGCAGCUAAACAUGGCUGCACGGUGGCACAAUACAUUGGUGAGAUCUGUCGUUACUUGCUCGCGGUACCUAAAGGUGGUCACGACCGCGCACACAAUGUCAAAGUGAUAGUCGGCAACGGUCUUCGACCCCAGAUAUGGCAGGAGUUUGUCGACAGAUUCGGUGUGGAGAGAGUACUGGAGUUCUAUGGAGCUACUGAAGGGAAUAGUAACCUUGUGAACCUUGACUCCAAAGUUGGUGCAAUUGGCUUCUUAAGUCGUCUUGUGUCUUCAAUAUAUCCAUUAACGCUUGUUAAAUGUGACGAGAUAACUGGUGAGAUCUUACGAGAUGAGAACGGUAGAUGUAUCACAUGCGGUCCUCAUGAACCAGGAUUGCUUCUCGGUAAAAUUGAUCCAAAGAAAGCGAUUCUAACAUUCUCCGGUUACGCUGACAAAACCGCGUCAGAGAAGAAGAUGGUGCGCCACGUGAAGGUAGAGAAUGAUUGUUACUUCAACACGGGAGAUAUCCUCGUUAUGGACCACUAUGGAUACUUCUACUUCAAAGAUAGAACCGGAGAUACUUUUAGAUGGCGAGGUGAAAAUGUUUCCACUGCGGAAGUGGAGGGUGUCAUCAGUAACUUGGUGGGAUUGAAAGAUGCUGUGGUAUACGGUGUCAGUAUACCGAACGUUGAAGGCAAAGCUGGUAUGGCCGCUAUUGCAGACCCAGAUAGAAAUCUAGACAUUCUAGACUUUUACAAAAGUAUAACAUCAUCUUUACCAGUAUAUUCUAGGCCUGUGUUCCUCAGAAUAUUACCAGAGUCACCAUUGACAGCGACAUUUAAAUUAAAAAAGAAAGAAUUAAUAAAACAAGGUUAUAAUCUUAGUUUGCAUAACGACCCUAUAUAUUACCUCGAUCUAAAGACUGGUUACGUUCCUUUAACGGAAAAAUUAUAUGAUGAUAUCGUUAAGGGUAAUGUAAGGCUGUGAUUUAUAUUUCCUAAUAAAUAUCCAGUGCCAUUAAUGCCCGGUUUCUGAAGUCUAAGAUAGUAUCCAUUCAAAAACGUUAGCGUUGUUUUGAUGAAAUGCAUUUUUUUUUAUAAUACGAGGUGGCAAACAAGCAAGCGGCCACCUGAAUUCACCGAAAUGGAAAGCGACC